ACAAAGUCCAAAGUUAAAGACGUUUUCACAGAGAAGGGUCUUUUUUCUGCACAAUAUUUGAAGCUCGCGAGUAGCAGAGAUGGCAUUAAAAGGUAUUCGAGUGAUAGAGUUUGGGGGAUUGGCUCCAGUGCCAUUCUGUGGAAUGAUUCUUUCUGAUUUUGGCGCUAAUGUGAUUAGAGUGGACAGAACAAAAUCCUUUGCUGAUACAGAUUGUAUGGGGAGAGGAAAAAAGUCAAUUGCCAUUGAUUUAAAACAAGAAGAAGGAUUAAACAUUGUACAUAAGAUGUGCUCCAAAGCAGAUGUUCUCAUUGAACCCUUUAGACCCGGAGUAAUGGAAAGGUUAGGACUAGGUGCAGAUAGACUGUUAGCUGACAACCCUAGAUUGGUGUAUGCUAAAAUCAAUGGAUUUGGACAGAAAGGACCACUUGCAAAUAAGGCAGGACAUGAUAUCAACUAUAUAUCAAUGUCAGGUUUACUGUCAUAUCUAGGGAAGAAAGGAGAGCCCCCAUUGCAACCUGUGAAUUUACUUGCCGACUUUGCUGGUGGUGGUUUAACAUGUGCUUUAGGAAUUGUAAUGGCUUUGUAUGAGAGAAGUAUUUCUGGUAAAGGACAAGUUGUUGAUAAUAGUAUGGUAGAAGGCUCAGCAUAUGUAGGAAGUUGGUUAUCUAAUUCUCAGAAAAUUCCAUAUAUUUGGGGCAGAGAAAGGGGAGAUAAUACUUUAGAUGGUGGGAGAGCAUUUUAUGGUGUCUAUGAAACCAAAGACAAAAAAUACAUAUCGGUUGGAGCAUUGGAGCCACAAUUUUUUAAGGAAUUGAUAAAAGGUCUUGGGUUAGAACAUAUUGAACAAACAGAUGAUCCUGAAGAAAUGAAGAAACUGUUUAAAGACGUUUUUCUUACCAAGUCUCGUGAUGAAUGGGUAUACCAAUUUCAAAAUUUAGAUGCCUGUGUAAGUCCAGUACUAGAACCUAAAGAGGCAGCAGAACAUUUACACAAUGUGGAUAAUAAGACAUUUUUACAGGAUGAGUCUGGUAGCUAUGAGCCCGGUCCAGCACCUAGGUUGUCAAGGACACCAGGAGUUGAUAAGGUCCUACCUCAGCCUGUGAUUGGACAACAAACACUAAUGAUUAUGAGAGAAAUGGGUUAUAGUGAUAGUGUCAUAGAAAAAUUGUUACAAUCUGGUGUGAUAGAACAAAACAGUAAAGAUUCGAAAUUAUAAUAAAAAUAAUUUAACCCAAAUAUUUCAGUUAUAGAUAUAUCUUAAAUAUUAAUUAAAAUUUUUAAUUAAAUGUGAAUACUAUCCUGCAGAAUACAGUUUCUGAAUGUAUUUAAUUUUGUAUUGUGUUCUAGGGAUAUACAAUAGAAAAUUGAAAGAAAUAAUAAGUUGUAUCAAUCACCAUAGACGGAUUUAGGGGUAUAUUGUUAAUGCAGACUUUUGACAAAUCCUACUAAUGUUGCCUUCUUUGUGAGUCCCCCCUUUCAAAAUCCUUGAUCUGUAUCUCAACACUGCAUGCACAUGAAAAAACCAAGCAAAGAAACAGUGCUUUUAUUGCUGUUGAAAAGCCUUGGUUUGUUCAAUUAUUCUUGAGCAUGGGGUGUGGAAUGUAUCUUUUUUACAAAGUAUAAUUCCAUGAUAUAUCUUGAUUUAGCCAUUGUUGAGACAUCCUUUCAGCAUUUUUUUUAUCAUAAUUUUACCUUAUUGUUUAGCCUCCUCAUGGGGUUUUUGAUCAUGUGAUUACUUGGCUUUUUUUAUAGUGAUUAUUUGAUUAUCAGACCAAAUAUUUCAUGAUUAUUUGAUUAUUUGAUAAUCUAGGACUGCAUGUAUUUUUGAUAAUUUGAUUACCUUGUUUAAAAAAAUAAUUAAUGAUUAUGUGAUUAUAUUGGCAAAAAGUUUGUGAUUAUGUGAUUACUUGGACACCCCCAUGAGGGGCCUCAUUGUUAUAUUGUUAGGGCAUUCAAGUAACCAUUUGAUGAUCUUGAAUGUAGCACUAACAACAAUAAGAACAUUGUAGGUAGUAGAUUUAAAUCAUGAAAAUAUAUAUAUAUAUAAAUCAAAAUUAUAAGUACUUAUCAGCACUUUUGUAAUCAGAAAUUUUAGUUAAAUGGCAUGAUUCAGAAAUUUAUCUAUAACUUUCGCACAAAAAAUGUACAUUCAAACAGAAUUUCAAGUAUGAAUAUAAAAGUUACAAAAUAAAUGCUAAAUCUACAAUUUACUUUUUAACUACUGUAAAAGCAGAAAUUUUCGUGGGGGAUUUAAUUUCGUUUAUUCCGUGGCAUGAUUCAGAAAUUUAUCUAUAACUUUCGCACAAAAAAUGUACAUUCAAACGGAAUUUCAAGUAUGAAUAUAAAAGUUACAAAAUAAAUGCUAAAUCUACAAUUUACUUUUUAACUACUGUAAAAGCAGAAAUUUUCGUGGGGGAUUUAAUUUCGUUUAUUUCGUGGCAUGAUUCAGAAAUUUAUCUAUAACUUUCGCACAAAAAAUGUACAUUCAAACGGAAUUUCAAGUAUGAAUAUAAAAGUUACAAAAUAAAUGCUAAAUCUACAAUUUACUUUUUAACUACUGUAAAAGCAGAAAUUUUCGUGGGGGAUUUAAUUUCGUUUAUUUCGUGGAUAAGAAUUAUCCACGAAAUUAAAACCCCAACGAAAAUUUAACUCUAGAUUUACAUUAUUUUAUGAUCUGACAAAAUCUUAUAGACUUUAUAUAAUUGAUGAAGUCGUAAUACAUUUAUUACACAAUCAUUGUCCUUGGAUAAAACAUAAAAGGUGUGUAAAAGCCAAUUAGCGUAUGCAGGUUACAACACUUGAUUAGUGCUCACUGUUACUAUGAAAUGCAAUUAUUGAUUUUUCCCAACGGCGAAAGUUCAGAUCAGUUUUAUUGAGUAUUGUCAAUUAUAGAGUGACAUUUAUAUAAUUAUUUUCUAAACUUAAAAACCACGAAAAUUAAUCCCCACGAACUUACUUUUGGAUACAAAACUACGAAAUUUUAACCCCAUGAAAAUUAAUGUUUAUACAGUAAUUGCUUUUCACUACAGAAGUAUACAAACACUAAAGUGUUAGUUGCAUCCCCUGUGACAGCUGAUGAAAAUUGCAUAAGUUAAAAAAGCUUUAAACUGGGUCAAUAUCCCUAAUGCGCCUCAACUUGAGGAACACAAAAGUUGUGCGUAAACAAAAAAUCUCUGUGUAGUGAUAUUGGACAUGUUUCUAUUUUUAACAAGUGAAUGAGCUUAAUCAUUUGUGUUAAUUUGAAAAGUAGAGGACCAUAGAAUAAAUUUGUAAAAACUAUGCAGUUAUUAAAUGUAUGCAAAGUAUUAAAUUUUCAAAGAACUCAUUGUGUGAAAAAAGGGAGUUUUUACCACCAGGAGCCGCAUCACGAAAGGAUUUUCGGGGUGUGCUAAUUUACAGAAAAAUGAAUCACACCUCGUACCUGAAAAUUUAACCACAUAUGUGAAAAUGUCUCAGCUUCGAAAUGAGCCAUCAUGCAUAUCCAAAUUUAAGAUAUGGACUGUGCUACAGAGGAAAACGUUACCAUUACCGCAUAUGUAAAAUCAAUUACGCAUAUUGCCCCAACUAUCCCUUUGUGAACAGAAAUAAGUUAAUCAGCCAUUCAUACACUUAAUUAAUGUAAGCAGAAAAAAGAGAAUAUAAUUUGGUGACUUUAUUUAAAUUGCUAAAGCAAGAAGUGUUGAUUUUAGAAGAAGAAACUGCUAUGAAUAAAUUCGUAGAUUGAUUGAUUGAUUUGUUGGUGUUUAACACAACUUUCUGCACUAUUGGCUAUUCUGUGGAGGCCAGUAUUUAGUGGUGGAGGAAGCAUAAAUUAGUAGAUGUUACAGCAAUGUUUAACUUAAAUUAAUCCAUGCUUGUUUGUUUUCUUGUUGAGCUAAAUCUUUUCAUUUAAAAUAUCUUACUUAUAACUCUACCCAGUAUGUUUCAUUAUUUUAUUAAUGACUUUACAGUAAUAUAUGUAUGUAUGUAGUUUGUAACUGUUAAUGUUAUGUAAAAAGGAAAAAUAAAUCAGAAGCUUUAACUUGAAAAUCCAAAUGAUUUGUAUGACUGGUAGGGCAUGUAAGGAUAUCCAUAUUACUGUGAGAUAAACAACAGGCAAAUUAUUUUUUAACUUGCAGUUUUCCUUUUUAGUUUUUGGAGUUAUUGCCCCUCAAAUAUAUACAUUUUUUUCCCCCAGUUUUCCCAUUUUUUUGCUGUUAUGAAAUCUAUUGGAGCUAGAUUAAAAAUGUAAGAUGCAAAAAUUGUCAGCAUGACAAGAUCUAUCUACUCUGAAAAUUUGACUGCCUGUUUUUGAGUUAUUGUGCCUGAAAUGUUAAGUUUUAUUGUUUUUGCCAUUUUGGCUGUUAUCUCAAAAAUAAUUGGAUUUAAGUUAGCAAACUGGUUUUUUUUUCUAGGUGAGCCAUAAAGGCACAGGUGGUCCUCUUGUUUUAUAGUAUGUCUGAUAAAUAGGUGCUAUAUUUUCCAUACAUUUUUCAUUGAACAGAAAUUUAAUCAUUGAAAUUGGAUGGUAAGUUCUUUUUUUAUUACUCUGCACUUACUUUAUGCUAACAACCCUUUAACUAUUUCUGAGCAAGUGAACAAAUUGAAGUGUUAAAUUUAAACUGUAACAUGAAAACCUUUACCCAUUGGUAUUGAGAAACGUCAAAGCCUCUUCAAAAAGCACAGGAUUGACUUAUUUUUAGCAUUAUUUUAAGGAUGUUUGAAGGAAUGGUAUUAUUGUAAAUUUCUACACUAAACCAAGAAAUGAGUAUAGUUAAUUUUUUGUUAUUUUAUAUGUAUUACAGAUAUUUUGAUAAAAUAAAUGCUGUUAUAUAUACAUAAAAA